ACAGUACCGUCAAACUACGCAUGAACGGAAGCAGGUAAACAGCAAGACAGAGCGGAAGAGGGGUGUCUGGAAGUCACAAACAUGAACAAGCUGAAGUCCUCUCAGAAGGAUAAAGUUCGUCAGUUCAUGAUCUUCACCCAGUCUAACGAGAAGACGGCAUUAAAUUGUUUGCAGCAGAAUGACUGGAAAUUAGACGUCGCUACAGACAACUUUUUCCAAAAUCCAGAAAUCUAUGUGCAGAAUCUUAAGGGAACAUUGGACAGGAAAAGGUUAGAGCAACUCUACAACAGGUACAGAGAUCCUCAUGAUGACAAUAAGAUUGGGAUAGAUGGGAUUCAACAGUUCUGUGAUGAUCUGGGACUUGACCCUGCCAGUAUCAGUGUGCUACUUAUUGCCUGGAAGUUUCAUGCAGCGACACAGUGCGAGUUCUCAAAGCAGGAGUUCAUGGAGGGGAUGGCAGAACAAGGAUGUGACAGUAUAGAAAAACUAAAAGCCCAACUUCCAAAAAUGGAACAAGAACUGAAAGACCAGGGGAGGUUCAAGGACUUUUAUCAGUUUACCUUCAACUUUGCAAAGAAUCCUGGGCAGAAAGGUUUGGAUUUAGAAAUGGCAAUUGCGUAUUGGAAUUUAAUUCUGGCUGGAAGAUUCAAAUUCCUAGAUCUCUGGAACAAAUUUUUAUUGGAGCAUCAUAAAAGAUCUAUUCCCAAAGACACAUGGAAUCUUUUGUUAGACUUCAGCACAAUGAUUACCGAUGACAUGUCCAAUUACGACGAGGAGGGAGCGUGGCCAGUUCUUAUUGAUGACUUUGUGGAAUUUGCUCGACCAUACAUUGGGACCAAGAGCACAGCUGUGUGAGGAUCUCCAAAGCCUUUUUUGUCAAGAGCAUCUGUGCAUUGCACAAAACCAACUCCGUUACGACGGCCCAGUAGAGCACAGAGGACUUAUCUAAGAUCUGUAUUGCCUUUCCAACCUCAGGAAUGAGACGUACACAACAAAGACUAUAUAUGGAAAAGGAAAACACGUCUCCUCAACAGUCAUUGCAUGGUGGUUAGGGCAUCUCCUUUUUUAAAUUAAGUAUGAUAUGAUAUAAGCCACUCUUGUGUGGAGUUACUGGAGCUGAAUGGUCAUCUUGGCUCUCAAUUGAGGCUCACUGACAGACAAGGGCAAACACAUCUUAAUUGAAACCCCAGGGGCUCCAUUUUGGGAAUGUUAAAUUUAGUUGUAAAUAAUACAUCUAAUUGUAUUAUUACACAUGCAUUCCUGCUCGUUGGACCAUAGAACACUUGUCAGAUGGCAGUGAAAAAUUCUUUUCUUUUUUAAAUUAAGGUGAGACAGACUACUAUAUUGGCAAAUGCAGUGCAUCCAGUUGUUUUUGGUUAGGUUUAUUGUGAGUAAUUGUACCAUUUCUGUUGUUACUUGGGAAAUGCCAUAAUUGUUCAUGUAGAUUUUGAUUUGUGGAAAAAAGAGAAGAAGAAAAGAAAUAUAAAUUCUCUCUUUCAGCAAA